CCAAUAUCGUCACAACAAAUUAGGCGGUCUCCAGCUAGAUCCACGCUCUACAGAAUACCGAUUGAGAAUAUUACAGAUGAAAUACGUUAUUAUUGCUGUUAGCGGCGAUAAGGACUUUGAAGAAGGUUUAAUCGGUAUACUGUAGGACGUAUGCCUGUGACAGAGAGUUGCACAGUUAGGCUGUUGAAGCUGCCUCUCACCAAAAAGAGUUGCUCAGUAAACUUGUCUAGGCUUUCUGUGAUAAAGAAGAGGUGCUCAGUAAGGCUGUCAAGGCUUCUUGUGACAGAUAAUUGGUGCUCCGUAAGGUUGUGUAGGCUACCUGUGACAAAGUGGUGCUCAGUAAAGUUAUCUACUCUGCCUGUGACGCAAAAGCGUUGCUCAGUAAGGUUGUCUAGGCUGUUGAUGGCAACCAUUGCCCAGAAGUUGGGCAAACAGGGUAGCGAAUCCAUGGGCUUACCCCAUGGAGAGGAGACAGAUCAGCAGACUGAUCCACACGAAAAACCUCAGGCAGAAGCGCAGACCAAUCCACAUGAAAAACCACAGGACACCAAUGGGGAGGCUGUCGGUGUUUCAUCUGAACAAGGCCAGGAUGUGCCUCCAGAAGAGCUUCCUGUACCAUCUUCCACCCCGGGAAAUCGUCUACAGAGAAAAAGAGUCCCCAAUCCGAAAUAUCGGAGAGAACCAGACACGACCAACCUAAAAUGUCCUGACUCAACAAAAAAGCCAAGGAAAAAGAUGGGCCUGAAAAUAUCCGUAGUCUCUAACACAGAAACUGACCAGCAGGAGCCUGACAAAAAGACCCCAAAACCCCCCAAAAAGACACCUGCCAAAAAGACACCACAGAAAAAGGCACCACAGAAAAAGCCAGUGGUCUCGAGCAUAGACAGUGACAAGGGGCUUAUCAAACAGACCCCUGCCAAGAAGACCUCUGCCAAGAAGAUACAAAAGGAAACACCACAGGUCAACUCCACGCCCGCCCCUGCAGUCCCGGAACUGAGGGAGACCCCAGAGGAGCCUGAAACCACCCCUAGUGGCAGACCCAAGCGGAGGGCAGCAAAAGCUGCAUUGCAGUACCUCCAUACCCUGGCCAAGGAGGUAUUCAACCAACCUGACAAUGGUACUAAGAACGACUGGGAGUCUAGCCCAGUCCCCAGCCCCAGCUCAACCCAGCCCCAGAAACGAACCAGAGGCAAGGGCAAGAAGAGGAAGGCCCCUGAUUUUGACAGUGACAACGCCGCAGAGGAUGUUGACUUUGUUCCAGAAAAUCAAGACACUGAGGAGGAAAGUGAGGCUGAAGAUACUCAAGAAGACUUAGACUUGGAGAAGAGGCACACACCACUGAAAGACCUUAGAUCCAGACGCAUUUCCAGAGGUCUUUCAAGUCAAGUUCGAUACCAUGGUAAUUCCCCCAAUGGACUGUCCAACAACAUGAUGGGACCCAUCUGGAUGUGCACCAAAACCACCAAGACCUUCCGUGAUGAACACUGUAACGAAUGGGUCUUUGCUGAGUGGAUGCCUUCAGAGAAGGAUUGGCAUUGCUUGUCGGACAGUGAGGCUGAGAAGUAUCUACCGCAGGAGAUGAUGUCAACAGCCUUCACCUUCUCAAGAGAGGGCAUCAGGGAGGAGACUCCUCUGCACAGAAUGAAGAGGUUUGAGUGCCUGCCACCCCACCCUGAGCGCUGGGACAUGCUAUUCUAUACGGGCGGCCCAGUGUGGGCCAUGGACUGGUGCCCCUCCCCCGAUGGCGCCCCUGCCAGCCAGUACGCUGCCAUCUACUGCCACAGGAACCUGGACGACCAACACAGGAUGAACGAGUUGUACACCAAACCUGGACUCAUCCAGAUUUGGGACCUGGGACAACUCCAGUACAACACCAGUCCCCAGUCCUCUCCACGGCUGGCCUAUGGUAUUGCCCAGGAUAAAGGCUUUGUGUGGAACCUGAAGUGGUGUCCAGGAGGAGCCUGGGAGCUGCCCACCACUAACAGGAAGGCCCCUCAUAUGCCCAGACUGGGUCUCCUGGCUGCCUCCACAUCAGAUGGUCACAUCACUAUCUACAGCCUGCCUCACCCCGACACACUAAUGGCCCGCAGGAAACACACCGCUAAAGGUGGAGCCUGCCCAACACUGAUGAUCUGCCAGGUACAGGGUGUGAUCACUCUGAAGCGGGGCUCCUUCAAGACCAACCACGAUGAAAAGAAUAACCAGGUUCUCUCCAUGGACUGGCUGCCUGUCAAACCUCACAAUAUCCUGGCUGCUGGCUUCUAUGACGGUACAGUGGCCCUGUGGAACCUGUCCAGUAAGUCUAUUCUGCAGCGGGUGCGUGCUCCAGACCGCUCCUUCACCCUCUACCCCUACCACUGCUUCAUCGCCCACGACAACGCCACCCGCGCCCUCAGUUUCUGCCACGCAUCCAGCUCCGCUGUCUUCCCUGUCCUCCCUCCUGCUGUUCUUUCCUCUCCUUAUCCCCUCAUCUCGUCUCCUCUCUCCUCCCUCUCCUCUGCCCUUCCUCCUCCUAGAGACCUCAUGGUGACGGCGGGUGAUGACAGGCUGGUGAAGAUGUGGGACCUGAGGAGGACCUGGGAGCCCUGCCAGUCCUUCAAGCGCUUCCUCUCCACCGAGGCGGCCUGGCCCCUGCACUGGGCUGGGGUCUUCAUCUCUCAGGAGAGCACCUACGCCACGUUUGGCCAACAUGGACUCAAUUACUUUGACUCAGGGUAUCUGGGCUUCAAGCCACUCUUUCUGGUGCCACGGAAAGGGACCAUGUGGAGCCUGUCGAUCUCUGAUUGGCUGAACACAGCUGUGACGGCGGACUCGGUGGGAGACGUGAUCAUGGUCCUAAUACCCAACCUGUUCAACAACCCCUGCUACCUCAAACGAUCCAUCGAUCGCAGAUUCCCGGUGUUCAGAACCGAAAUGGUCCAAUUGAAAGAAGAAGUUGAGGAGAAUGAGGGAGGAGUUGGAGAGGAAGGAAGUGGUUCCACCAGUAACGGAACAUCCCAUCAUACACCUCAGACCUACAGAGAGACAGCCCAGAAGUACUACCUCCACUACCACGACAUGGACAUGAGAACGUUUAAGAAUGCCCAGAGCCGAGCUCCGUGGAAGCACAUGCAGGUUGCAGAGGCCAAAGGGGGACCGUGUCUGGACCUAAUGCCUUUGGCUUCACUAACUAAGGUCCGUUUCAACCCCAACCUGUGUGCCCAGAGCUGGGUGUUGUCUGGGGGCCAGGCGGGCCUGGUAAGAGCCCACUGCCUCAGGGCCAUGAACAGCUCUCACAUAAACAAGAUGGUACAGGAGAGCCAGGCCCAGUUCAGCACCAUGUUCCCCCAGGACACGACAGACAGCCAGGGGGAUGCCAGUGCCGUCAGACACACCACAGAAAAGCUGUAGGUGUAGGUUCCUGGAGGUCUGCUCCCUGUAGCGCUCCCUCAGUGUACUGCAGUGUACACCACUCCCAACUUCCUAAAGACUCCAAUUAGGGCUUCGUUCUAACUUUGGAUCCACCCAUUAGAACAUCCAUGUCAAAAUGAGAUUUUCAUGGAAGUUUGAGUUACAGGAGUGGAUCUCAUGGUAGGAUCCAGCUCCCAAGGAAUGUGAUUGGCUGCUUUGUUUGGACAGUAAGCCCACUGUGUUUUUAUCUUCUGCAAGACCACAAUGUUUUUAUAUUUAACUUAUUUCAAGACGGAAAAAAUCCAUGCUAUUUUGCUAGAACUUGUAAAUGUUUCACUAUUAUUUUGAUAUAAACAUUUUUGUUGUUGUUGGUGUGAAUACAUUGUGAACUGAGGACUGACUUGAAGGGUUCUUAUAGAACCCAGACUUGGCGUCAUUGCAAAGCUAUAGCACUUUAGGGUUUUUCUGUUCAUUCAUUCUGAUUAUAUUCUGCCUUUCUUGCCGCUGUUCCUUUUCUAUCACACACUUUCAGGUCCAUGACUUCUGUAUAUCAGGUAUAAACCAUGUUUUAGAUGUAUUUGUCUCUGAGCCAAUGAGUCUCUAAGUAUUUUGUCUGUCAAUGUCUGUUUAUUAAAAUUAUAAUUUCAGUCUUU